AAAAGUCGAGUCCAGGAAGCCAUCCACGCAGUUGCCACUCUUACUUUUUCUUAGCCUACUGCCUGACUGGCUCAAGCGUUGGUGAAGCCACGGACGGACUUAUUUAUCAGGGCGGCCUUAGGCCACAUGACAUCCCAAAUUCGGGUAAUUGAUUGGUUGUCGGUCUGACCAAUCACCUUGCGACGCCAUUCGCCAUUUUAAGAUGGGGCAAGCUGCACGGCAGUGGAAUUGAGUGAAGCCCCUAAAGGCCUUCCUAGUUGAGGGCGGAAGUGUCGCUGCGAGGUUCCGUCAGCGACCGAAUAGUCCGGACUCGUGAGAGAGCGACGCUCAUCAUGCUUCGUCGGGAGGCUCGCCUACGCCGCGAGUACUUGUACCGUAAGGCCCGGGAGGAGGCGCAGCGAUCCGUUCAGGAGAAGAAGGAGCGAGUCAAGCGUGCUCUAGAAGAAAACCAGCUGAUUCCCACCGAGUUACGCCGGGAGGCUCUCGCAUUACAGGGGUCCUUGGAGUUUGAUGAUGCUGGUGGUGAAGGUGUAACCAGCCAUGUGGAUGACGAGUACCGAUGGGCUGGGGUUGAGGACCCUAAGGUCAUGAUCACUACCUCCCGAGACCCCAGUUCUCGCCUGAAAAUGUUUGCAAAGGAACUGAAGCUGGUGUUCCCAGGUGCCCAGCGCAUGAACCGAGGUCGGCAUGAGGUUGGAGCGCUGGUUCGAGCUUGCAAAGCGAAUGGGGUCACCGACCUGUUGGUUGUCCAUGAGCACCGAGGCACACCUGUGGGACUCAUUGUCAGCCAUCUGCCCUUCGGUCCUACUGCCUACUUCACACUGUGUAACGUGGUCAUGCGGCACGACAUCCCUGACCUGGGCACCAUGUCAGAGGCUAAGCCCCACCUCAUCACUCAUGGCUUUUCCUCUCGACUGGGCAAGCGGGUGUCUGACAUCCUUCGCUACCUAUUCCCUGUGCCAAAAGACGACAGCCAUCGGGUUAUCACCUUUGCCAACCAGGAUGACUACAUCUCAUUCCGGCACCAUGUCUACAAGAAGACAGACCAUCGAAAUGUGGAGCUGACUGAGGUCGGGCCUCGAUUUGAGCUCAAGUUGUACAUGAUUCGCCUGGGCACACUGGAGCAGGAGGCUACCGCAGAUGUAGAGUGGCGCUGGCAUCCGUAUACCAACACAGCCCGCAAGAGGGUAUUUCUGAGUGCUGAGUGAGCUGAGCCGCCAGCCAGUUGGGACUGACUUGUCACGGACAGAUUGAGUAAUCCUAGGUGGAGACAGGAAGGAUCUAAGUAAAGUCUCUGUCCUCAUCCUACCAGCUGCCUCUAACUGGUUACAGUGGGUCUACUGUCCAGACAGACCUGAAAGAUGAAGCCCACAAAGCGUCUGUGGGGGGGAUCUAAUGCCUCUGGACUAUGAAUUCACCCUCAGGCUGGGGUAGGGGUACAGAUCUGCACUGGAAAAUGAAUGGUUACCUUCUUGGGAGUUAGGCCCUGUGAGCACUUUUUCCUGUGCUUUAGGGUCAGUCUUUGUCACCAGCAACAAACCAUUCAAGAGCUAGCCUAACUUGUCGCUUCAACUCUGCCAAGCAGGUGCACCCUCCUCUAACUGCGAGCUUCUCCACUCAGCCUCUUUGUUCGCCAAGAUAACGACUCUGAAACUUGAUGUUUCAUGAAUAAAUUCCUAGGCCAAUA